CCUCUCUCACUCUAUUCCCUCAUCUCUCAACAUGGCUGAAGGUCUAAAGAAAGUCUUCGCUGAAAAGAAAGCCAAUGAUGAAGCUGUCUUUGUGACCUUUUUGACCGCCGGAUUCCCCACCAAAGAAGCUACAGUUCCACUGCUACUAGCCCUUGAAGCUGGUGGCGCAGAUAUCAUCGAACUCGGUGUACCAUUCAGUGACCCUAUUGCCGAUGGACCUGUAAUACAACAGGCCAACACCAUCGCCAUUGAGAACGAUGUGCAUUAUACCGAUUGCCUCGACUACGUUCGUCAAGCCAGGUCUCAAGGACUCAAAGCCCCGGUCCUCUUCAUGGGUUACUACAACCCUGUCAUAGCGUACGGUGAAGAGAAGGCAGUGGUGGACGCACGGGAAGCAGGCGCGAACGGGUUUAUCAUGGUUGAUUUACCUCCCGAGGAGGCGGUCAAAUUCCGAGAUAUCUGUACUUCAUCUGGCAUGUCAUACGUGCCUCUGGUCGCCCCAUCGACCAGUAUAGAUCGCGUUAAAUUCCUCGCCAGUAUCGCCGACUCUUUCAUCUACGUUGUCUCAAAGAUGGGCGUCACGGGUUCCAGCGCCAACUCUGCCAUGUCAUCCGGUCUUCCAGAGCUUGUCCGUCGUAUACAGUCUCUUACACCUGUCCCUCUAGCUGUCGGUUUCGGUGUCGACAACCGCACGCAUUUCGAAUAUGUCACAUCCUCCGGUGCUGAUGGUGUCGUUGUCGGGUCCAAAAUCAUCAAGAUCAUUCUCGAAGCUUCCAAAACGAAAACCGCCCCUGCGGCUCUCGAAGCUUUCUGCAGAGAAAUCACCCUCAAAGGCCAAGAGAAAAAGCCCUUGGGCAGAAAAACACAUAACGCCGAUGCUGCCGGCCAUCCAUCUCCUCCUCUCCCCAUACCUUCCGCCACUCCUCUCGAGCAGAACUCUCUGAAAGUCAGCGGCGGUGGCAAACUCCCUUCGAAAUUUGGCAUCUUCGGGGGGGCAUACGUACCAGAGAGCUUGGUGGACUGCUUGAACGAGCUAGAGGCGACGUAUGUUGAAGCGAGCAACGACCCUGCAUUCUGGAAAGAGUUCGAGGACAUGUAUGGGUAUAUGAACCGACCGAGCGACUUGUACCUCGCCGAGAGACUCACGGAGCAUAUGGGAGGGGCAAAGAUUUGGCUGAAAAGAGAGGAUCUGAAUCACACUGGUUCACACAAGAUCAACAAUGCUGUGGGGCAGAUUUUGCUGGCCAAACGUCUUGGGAAAAGUCGGAUCAUAGCAGAGACUGGAGCAGGGCAGCAUGGGGUGGCUACGGCGACAGUUUGUGCGAGGUUUGGAAUGGAAUGUGUCAUUUAUAUGGGUGCGGAGGAUGUCAGACGGCAAGAGUUGAACGUUUUUAGGAUCAAAAUGUUAGGAGGGACAGUCAUACCCGUCACGGCCGGCUCUCAAACCUUGAAAGACGCCGUCAACGAAGCUAUGCGAGAUUGGGUCACCCGUCUGGACAGCACGCACUAUCUGAUCGGCUCCGCCAUCGGACCUCAUCCGUUCCCCACCAUCGUUCGAGACUUUCAACGUGUGAUAGGUCGAGAGAUCAAAUCUCAACUAGCAAAGAAGGCCAAUAAACUACCUGAUGCCGUUGUGGCUUGUGUCGGUGGGGGAAGUAAUGCCAUUGGGACUUUCUACGAUUUCAUCGGCGACGAGAGCGUGAGGUUGGUGGGGGUGGAAGCUGGUGGACAUGGGAUCAACACCGAAGCGCACUCGGCCACUCUGUCCAAGGGAGUCAUCGGCGUCGUCCAUGGUGCCUCUUCAUACAUCAUCCAAAGCGCAACAGGCCAACUUACUCCCACCCAUUCCAUCUCGGCAGGACUGGAUUACAAUUCCGUCGGACCGGAACAUUCGCAUUUGAAAUACAUCGGUCGAGCAGAGUAUAUCGUUGCGGAUGAUCUUCAAUGUUUGUCGGCAUUCAAAACUGUCACACAGUUGGAAGGUAUCAUCCCAGCUCUGGAAAGUUCUCAUGCGCUUUGGGGAGGAAUGCAGCUGGCCAAAACGUUGCCUAAGGAUAAGGAUGUGGUCAUCUGUUUGAGCGGUAAUGGUGCCAAAGACGUCGCUGAGGUUCUUCUCACACUCAAGAACAAAGAAUGGGCGGACAAACUCGACUGGCAUGUUGCUCAAUAGUUUUCAGCUAUUCGAUCAGAAAGUUUGAAUUCAUGUGUAUAGAUAACAUCUGAUGCAUUUUCUUCACCGGUGCG